CCGGGGCAUGGCCCGCCUCCGCUGUGCCCCCUCUCCUCGCCCGCCGGGCCGGGGCUGGGGCCCGCUUGCAUUUCUCCCGUUGAGCAGCUAGAGAGCGGUGCAGGGAAUGAAAUCCCCGGUGCAAUAGCCAGGAGCCGAGCUCUCCCUUCCUGUUUGCAGCCGCGCCGGCCUGGGGCUGGUGAAACCCAGGGAGUGACUGGCAGCCCCGACCUGGGCUGGAUCUCCCCCCCCCCGGCCCCCCCUUGUCCUCGGAAGCGUCCUCCCCCCCUCCCCCAUGGCGGAGACCAAAAUCAUCUACCACAUCGACGAGGAGGAGACCCCCUACCUGGUGAAGCUGCCCGUCCCCCCGGAGAAAGUCACUUUGACAGAUUUUAAAAAUGUCCUCAGCAACCGGCCCGUGCACAGCUACAAAUUCUUCUUCAAGUCCAUGGACCAGGAUUUCGGGGUGGUGAAGGAGGAGAUCUCGGAUGACAAUGCAAAGCUACCGUGCUUCAAUGGAAGAGUGGUGUCCUGGCUGGUCCUGGCUGAAAGCUCCCACUCCGACACGGGCUCCCAGUGCACUGAAAGCCACACGGACCUCCCUCCUCCCAUUGAGAGAACGGGUGGCAUCGGAGACUCACGGCCUCCCUCAUUUCACCCGAAUGCUGCCAGCAGUCGAGAUGGACUGGACAACGAAACAGGAACGGAGUCGGUUGUUAGCCACAGGCGAGAGAGACACCGGCGGCGGAACAGGGAAGGCCAUGAAGACGUCCCUAGGCUUAAUGGGCACCCCAAGCUGGACAGGCACCGCGAGCACCCGCCCGGCUACGACAGCUCUUCCACCAUGAUGAGCAGCGAGCUGGAGUCCAGCAGCUUCAUUGACUCUGAUGAUGACGAUAACACAAGCAGGCUGAGUAGCUCCACAGAGCAAAGUACUUCGUCCCGGCUCAUACGGAAGCAUAAACGCAGGAGGAGAAAACAAAGGAUGCGCCAGAUUGACAGGUCAUCCUCGUUCAGCAGUAUUACAGAUUCAACCAUGUCCCUGAAUAUCAUCACUGUCACGCUCAAUAUGGAAAAGUAUAAUUUCUUGGGGAUCAGCAUCGUAGGACAGAGCAAUGACCGAGGAGAUGGUGGCAUUUACAUUGGCUCUAUCAUGAAAGGAGGAGCCGUGGCAGCAGACGGCCGAAUUGAACCAGGAGACAUGCUUCUACAGGUGAAUGAGGUCAACUUUGAGAACAUGAGCAAUGAUGACGCAGUGCGGGUUUUACGGGAAAUAGUCUCCAAGCCUGGACCUAUUAGCCUAACGGUGGCCAAGUGCUGGGACCCCACACCUAGGAGUUAUUUCACUAUCCCGAGGGCUGAACCAGUGAGGCCGAUUGACCCUGCAGCAUGGAUCUCUCAUACCACAGCCAUGACGGGAGCAUACCCCCGUUACGGUAUGAGCCCCUCCAUGAGCACCAUCACAUCUACCAGCUCCUCACUAACAAGCUCAAUUCACGAUUCGGAAAAAUUGGAAGAAUCUCCCUUGACUGUGAAGAGUGACAUGGCUACUAUUGUCAAGGUUAUGCAGUUACCCGACUCAGGCCUGGAAAUCCGGGACAGAAUGUGGUUAAAAAUUACCAUCUCCAAUGCAGUGAUAGGGGCAGAUGUGGUUGACUGGCUUUACACGCACGUGGAGGGCUUCAAGGACAGACGAGAGGCUAGAAAAUACGCCAGCAGCAUGUUAAAACACGGCUACCUCAGGCACACUGUGAACAAAAUCACCUUCUCAGAGCAGUGCUAUUAUGUCUUCGGGGACCUCUGCAGCAAUAUGGCUGCCUUGAACCUUAACAACGGUUCUAGCGGAGCCUCUGAUCAGGACACUCUUGCUCCCCUUCCACAUGCUGCUGCACCUUGGCCGUUAGGUCAGGGGUACCCCUACCAGUACCCACUCCCCCCUCCAUGCUUCCCACCAGCAUACCAGGACCCAGGCUUCAGCUACGGAAGUGGCAGUGCGGGUAGCCAGCAAAGUGAAGGAAGCAAGAGCAGCGGCUCUAACCGGAGCAACAGUGAGAACAGCCGGAAGGCUCUGGGCAGGGAGAAGGACCGCAAGUCAGCCGGAAGCGGCAGCGAAUCUGACCACACCGCCUGCAGUGGGGGCGGAGCCAGCGUAGUGCGCCGUGAACGGCCCGUCAGCCAGCUCAGCCAUCGGAGUCACGUCUCUGCCACCCACAGCGAGAGAAGCCACCACAGCCACCAUUCGUAUGGGCCUCCGGGGGUCCCACCCCUCUACAACUUGCCAAAGUUAGGGUCCAAAGUCUACGGGACGAGUGGACCUCCCGGCGGACCUCCCGUGAGAGAACUGAGUUCCGUUCCUCCAGAGCUGACAGGGAGCCGGCAGUCCUUCCAGAAGGCGAUGGGCAACCCUUGCGAAUUCUUUGUUGACAUCAUGUGAGAGGAAGUGCCUUCAGACUCUGUUUUUGGGGGAGGGGUGGGAGGGGCUUGUUUUCACUGAUGUUGGGGUUUGGGUUUUGGGGGAUGGGGUCAUUGCCAAACACUUCAAGAAAGAAAGCUUGGCUGUAUUGCAUGUAACACCUUCCUGAAUCUCAGUCAUGUGUUGCAAAAAACAAAAGAAAUCACCUGAGAUUCUUAAAUAUCAGCAAAUCAAUGGCAUCUUUUCUUUCCUCCUUUUUUUCUCUUUCUCCCCAUGUUUUUUUAAUGUGGUUGAUUGGUGUAUAUUCACAGCCUAACGAGCUUUGGUAAUUGUGGCACCUACUUUCAGUGCAAUUAGUGUGUCUUCUUGGCUGAUUCAAGAGUAUUAUUUCAUAUGACUUCUAAGUUUCCAAUGAUGCAUUAUUAGCACCUUUUAUUUUUCUCUCUCCCUGUCUUACCAGAAACACUGGCUACUAUGACUGAUUUCCCUGUCCAUACAUCUGGUAUAUAGCAAACAGCAACACAAUCAGCCCUGACGUCCGAAAGUGUGUGGGCAGUAUGCAAGAGGGGCAGGCACAGAGCGAAAUUCCUAGCAGCAGGCAAAGAUCUGAUUCAAUGUAGAGUCCUUCUUUCCUCUGCUGAGUAAGAAGUGGAAUUGUCUUUCAUUUUGACAUCAUCCUAUCACAAUCGUGACACCCCUGAUGAUGAGGCACAUCUGCAAGGCUUUCAGUUCUGUGGUGUUGGAAAGUGUUGUUAAAAUCCACCUUUAUUAGUCAGCUCUUCCUGAUGAAUUUGAGGAUAGGUGCUUAAAUCACACUUCACUGUAUAGAAAAGAUUUUUUCCCCAAUAUGACAGUCCCUGCUGCUAUAUUCCUUGCAUUAUUGUUGGCUUCAGUGCCUAGCAGGCAUGCAGAAGAGAAGGUGUAUAGCUGUAUACUGCUGGGAUUUCAUGUUCCCUUUUAAUCCUACUGCAGCACUGACUUCCCAAGCAGUCUGCUGAUCACAUCGCGCACUCUGGGGUGGCUACCACAGCUUUUUUUUUUACUUUUUCUUAGUGGAAUUAGAAAAAGAAACAGGCUAAAAAUUUGCAAAAGUAGCGAUAUGACUUAAGAUCGUAGAGCUCCUUUUCAAAAGCGACUUCGGCACAGAGCAGCCUGCGAGUCAAUGGGUCUUAGGGCAUGUCUAAAUGAACAGUGAGUGCAUAGCAAGCAGGGGCGUAAAGCUGCAACAGUCCCUGUGGAUCCCGCUGCCAUACCCACAAGGUUCCCUAGAAUACACUGACAUACAGCUGUUUGAAACUGCCAUUCACUUCAUCAGUGCAUAUUAGUGCACAGCGGCAGGAUCCACGCGGACAGUUAGUGUGCUGGAGCACUGUAGAUUUUACACUCCACCUUGCCACACACCAACUCCCCAUUUAAACCCCUAAAUCCCUUUUGCCUAACUCACCCAUUGGCUAUCAUUGCCCAGCUCUGUUUCUGGAAGCACAGCUUUCAUUAUGAUUCAUCUGGAAUCCCAGACUGUACUGGCUAAAUAGCAAAGUUGCCGGUGACCAAUAUAAAAUUGCACGAUCCUUUUAGAACUUGGAGCUGUUCAGCAACAUUCUUUUCAUUUUUUCAUCUAGGCAUGACACAAAUACUAAUCUCCCUCAGAAAUUCAUUUUUUUUAAAUCAAACUUUAAAGCAAUCAGAGAAAUCAGGGUAAAUCAUCCCUUACUUUUGCUGUAUCUCAAGGAGACACUGUUUUUAAAAAAAAAAAAAAAAAAAAAGUCUGACUUUUUACUGACAAUCUCUGGUGGUUCUGCUUUUAAACCAGUUUUUUGCUUCUCUGCUCAUGUGUUGUUUUUUUCUGGCUCACUUUAUCUUAAAGCAAAAGUUAUGGGAUCAGGGAAAAAGAUUGUAGUGUUAAUCUGGUAGGGUAUACAGAAGGGGGAGUGAGUGCAGGCUGGACUUUCACCCAAGGAGGCUGAAAUGUUUUAUUUCCUUGUACGUCUUUUCAAGAAUUGCAGUUACACACUUGCUGUAUUUUUUUCUUUUUGUUAUUGUUGUAGUAAGUGCUAUUGGCAGAAAAACUGCUUUGUGUCUUGUUGCCCUUUGCUGCUGUGUUAAAAUGAUUGUGUUCUGUAUUUCCGUGUGCAUGGGUGACUCUGGAGUCAGGCUGACACAGUCCAUAUCGGAGGUGUGGGAAGGUGCUCAUCUGCUGAAGGAACAGGCUGCCAAGUCUGGCUUGGACUGUGGGUUAGAAAUUAGCCUGGUUCUAUCCAAACUGGCUCCAGCUGAGAUCAAGCUCCCAGUUCAGGCAAAGCAUGCGCUGUUCUGUGCGCGAUGGCAGAUUAUUAAACAAUGAACAGCAUUUAGAAUCUUCAGUUCCCUGAAGAGCCAUAGGAGAAUCUAAGUGCCCAUUCUAUGAAUAGUGCAAUACAUCAUGCUUACAGUAUAAUAUAGAGGGCUUGAUUCCCCUCUCCCUUCCCCAAGAGGAACAUACAGUAACUCCACUGAAAUCUAGCGAGAUGCCAGACUGAGUGAGCGGGGAACCAGGCACAGACUGUUCGUCACUUACUCGUGAGUGGAUGGAGGGAGAUCUCCAAAAUCCUGCUGAUGCCUUUAAAUAUGUCCAAGUUUAUCUUUGCAGCCUAGGGGUGUUUUGGGGCUAACUUUGCAAACAUAUACUGCCAGAUGGAGUACUUCCUCCAGAGAGAUGUGCCCGUGAAAUCCACGAGGCAGUUGUAAGUGGCGAAUAGUUGAAGGAUCAGGCCCUUAAAGAGCAUGUAGUUUCUUAGCAGAGCCCAGGUUAGUUUGCUCCUUUUAAGGUCGGGGAGCUGGCAGUGGUCUGGCUCUAGAAUGUAUCUUGACCUGUCCUCCCUCCCACUGCAAUGAAAAGGAAUGGGCUUGCCGUUAAUAGGCACAGGAAGGGUGUGAUGCUGAACAGGUUAAAAUGACAAGCUGGCCUCAUAACAGGAGCCUUAAAUAGUAUUUAAAUUUGGGGGGGGUGGGAGGAAGGGAAAGGGGGGAAUUAUCAAAAUCUGCCUGUGCUCUGCAGCUAGACUUGCACUAUUAUUUAUUCAUUCCUGUCCACAGCACCGAAUAAGGACAAAUAGGUGUGUUUUGUGGCUUAGAGAUAACAUAUUGCCAGGGCUUUGGGAUGACGCCUCCUACUGGAAUGUCAGGGUAAUGUAUUAACCCAAUUUUCUAAAGAGUUAAGAUUUUGGUGAAUGGUUUAUGAGCAUCUUAAAGGCACUGCUGAUGUCUUUGACCUCCUGUUAACACAUUUUCUUUUCAGAGGUAAUAGUCCCUGGACACUUUAUCCAAAGGUGUAUUGGAUGGCAAACAAUGCACAGGCGCCGAUUUUUGAUAUUUUUGUUGUUUUUUUGUCAAAUUGACAGUCCCAUCUUGAGACUGACAGCUGAUGAGUUGAUGUAAUUGUUUUUGUUUUGCAUUUAACUACAUUGUAAUAAGAUUGACUUUAAAAAAUCAUUCUAAUCAGUGAUUAGAAAUACAUGUAAAGAAUUUAUGUACAGUAGGGGGGGGGAACGUUAAAUGAUUUUAAAUAAUGAAAACCCAGACUAUCACCUAUUCUAGAAUUGGUUCUACUCCGAGAGUAACCUUUUACUAGCAUGGACUGCACUGUUCCUGUUAAAUGUCUAUUGCAUAAUUGAAUUCUUUUUUGUAGAUAUUGUAUUAAAACCCAAGUGUCUGUAUAGUUAAUAUAUAGCUGCUUAUGUGUAAAUGCUAUUUUAAACACUAAAAAAGCUUUUAAUUUUAUGUGACAACUGCA